GGGCACGCCCCCUCCCCUCGCGCCUUCAUUCAUUUCCUCGCUCGCUCCCGCCGCUGCCCGGCCGCCAUGAGGGAGAAGGGCCGCAAGAAGAAGGGCAGGACCUGGGCAGAGGCCGCCAGGACGGUCCAAGAGAAAAAUCCGAACACACCUAUGAGCCAUAAGGAGAUCCUUCAGGUUAUCCAGAAAGAAGGCUUGAAAGAGAUCCGAAGUGGCACUUCUCCUCUUGCCUGCCUGAAUGCUAUGCUGCAUACGAACUCCCAUGGGGAUGAGGGCAUUUUCUACAAAGUCCCAGGGAGGAUGGGCGUCUAUACACUGAAGAUUUAA